AUGACGAAACCUUCAAGCGUUUGGCCUACGCCAAGCCAGUACGGCUGGUUACGCAGAGACGACAGUGAUGCGAAUUAUAACACAUCCAGCUCUGCUUUACCAACAGGAGCAAGUCAAAUAUCCGGACAGCCACCUCCAACUUCUACCGGCUCACCUCGUGAUCCUCUUUUGGCAAUCAUGCCAGAUUUCGCUUUUUCCAUGCCAGCUCAAAUCAUUGUGGGAGGUGUGAAUAUUGCGCUUACAACGAUGCUGACCAUUCAGUUAAUCUUCACCAUGCAAUAUCAUUAUCCGCUUAGCAAAAGAAAUUAUAUCCUUCAAUUUUGCAGUACAUUGAUUCUACUCAUCUCUUUGGCCGUUCAAUUACACUCAAUUUUGAGUGCAUUAGAACAUCAAGUACACGGAUGGCCGUACAUGUUUGCUUAUAUAGCCGUUCAAAUACCACCACAAGACGGAAGUUGGACAAUCGUUCAAGAAGCUUUCUUUUUGGUCAUGCGCGCUGUUUCAACAUUCUUUAUUCAUUUGACCCAUAUCCAAUUUUUAACGCUUCUCUUCCCUUCAGCUUUAGAGGCAAGAUUGAUUUUGUGGAUGUUAGGUCCUUUAGCUUUAGCUGCAAGUGGGAUGGAAUUCACUGCCCUUUCAUCGGAUGAUGACGUGAAAACAUCUGAUUUAGGCGAUGCAAUUCGAAAUAUUUGCAAUUCAACAUUGUUUCUUCUUUACACGUCCGGACUCCUCGUCUGGGGAUUGUUGGUUAAUAGACGAAGGGCUUGGAGAACUGAUGGAGGUACGGCGGCUUUUGGAGGAGGAAGUGUUGGAUUGGCAUUUAUCAAUACGACGGUCAGUUUUGUCGAAAUCGCUUUUGAUCGUCUCUGGUGGUUACCCGACAUUUUGUGGACCUUAACGCUUUGGCAAAGUUGGCUGGGAUUUUGGUGGUGGGUAGGCUCCGGU